AUGGAAGAUUUGAUAAGCCAAUUGCCCAAUGAGUUGCUGCAAGAGAUACUCUUGAAUCUUCCCACGAGUGAGUCUGUUAGGACAAGUGUCUUACCGACAAGAUGGAGAAAUCUCUGGCAAAGUGUUCCUGGUUUGUACCUAAUUUCUCGACAGAUUCUUAAAUUUGUAAACUUGCGGUUAGAAUAUGUAAUUCUGGAUGAUUUUGAUAGUUGUGAGUCUUUCUAUCUACCUCACCUUGAGGUUAUGCAUUUAGGGUUUCGCAGUACACCGAGUGAUGUGGUUCUAGAGAUGCUUAUCUCGUGCUCUCCUGUUCUUCAAGUCUUGAGCAUUUGUGAUGUUGGAGUUGACUUUUUGAAAGUGCGAUCUCAGACGUUAAGGAGCUUGAGUCUAUGGACAUUUAUCUUUAAGGGAGAAAAUGAUGAUGUCUCCUUGGGUGAUGAUGGAGAAUCUGGACUUGUGAUUGACACUCCUAGCUUAGAGUUUCUGCGUAUCAGAGAUUUUCCAUUGGAAGACUUCAGAGUGGAAAGUGUUAUUUCUUCUAUCAAGAUGUGUAUCGAUGUACGGUUUUAUGGGGAGAUGACUUUUCAAACACGCAAACUUUGCACAAGUUUUUUGCUGAGUUCUCGGAGGUCACAGAUCUUAGCAUCUCUGGCCAUACUCUAGAUGCAUGUAUUUGUUCUUACCAAGUGUUGGUUCUUGACAGGGAACCUAUGCUUACACAAAACUGCAACAACUGCCUGAAUUCAAGAACUUGACCCGUUUGUACGCUUUUCUCCAUACCGACUAUUCAGAGAUGUUGCCUAUAUAUCUCUCCAGCAGUCCCAACCUAAAAUCUAUUGACUUGGAGCUUCAUGGUUAUCCAAAGAUGGAGGAAAUUGCAAGCUCACCAGUGCCAAAAUGUCUCCAAACAUCCAUUGAGAAUGUCAAAAUAAAAAUGACGCCCAAGGCUGACCAAGAGAAAAGCCGAAAAGCUGAAACCGAGGUUGCUAACUACAUCUUAGAGAAUGCAACACUUCUGAAGCUCACUCUAUGGUUAGAUGAUGAAGAAGAAGACGAGUCUAGCAGCGUCCUUGAGAAAAUUCUCACCUUUCAAAAUUACUCUUUUGUAGAGGUGAAGAUAGGUCGAGAAGCAUCGAAAUUUCGCCUAGGUUAUACAUUUGAUGAAGCUAAGCACUUUAGUCGUCGUUUUCUUUAAAUCUCUUAUGAUCAAUCUAAUUAGCCCUUUUGGUC